UUCCAGGUGACACGUGUGUCUGAUGAAAAAUUCACUGUCUUCAAUAGCAAGCAUAAAACAUAUUGACAAUAUGCAGCUUUUCUUAUUUCUUUCAAUAAUGAUUUCUUUGAGUGUGGUUUCACACUCGUCUUCACGUGAUGGAAUGAAAGAUGUAAGAAGAUCUUUAUCGAGUCUUACUUAUCAAGAUUGCAAGGAUAUGAUUAAAACUCCUGAAUUCAAUGACAACUACAGUACAUGGGAAGAACAGAUGUGUUUAUAUUGGUUGUAUGGGUUUGAAAAAGAGGAAGCAGAACAGUUUGCAACUGAUACUAUUGAAGAUGGAGAUCUGGAUAAAAAUGGUGCAAUUGACGGGGAAGAAUUGUAUGGAAGACCAAACCCAUGAAAGACACAGAAUGUUAGUUUGGUUGUACCUUAAGGAAAUAAAAUUAAUCUUGUG